AUGAACGCCUUGAAAACAGUCACCGUGGUUGGUGGAGGGCUAAUGGGCUCAGGCAUCGCUCAGGUAGCAGCUCAAGCUGGCCAAAAUGUUACAAUAGUGGAUCUGAAGCCAGAGUUGCUGGAGAAAGCCCAAAAAUCCAUACACUCAAAUUUAAGUAGAGUGGGCAAGAAGCUGUACAAGGAUGACACAGCAAAAAUUGAGACAUUUGUUAAGGAGUCUUUUAGCAAGAUCAAAGUUUCAACUGAUAUAGAGCAGGGGGCAAAGUCCGAUCUCAUCAUUGAAGCUAUAGUGGAGCAACUGAAACCAAAACAAGAAUUAUUCAAAAAGUUAGAUGAGUUGUCCCCUGACCAUACAAUAUUCGCAACCAAUACUUCAUCAAUUUCAGUCAAUGAAAUAGGUGCAGAAAUCAAAAGAAAGGACAGGUUUGGCGGUUUACAUUUCUUCAACCCAGUGCCAGUGAUGCGGCUAUUGGAGGUGAUCAAAGGUGAUGAAACCUCUCAAGCGACUUACGAGGCCAUGAUGGAGUGGGGCAAGGCUAUCGGCAAGACUUGCAUCACCUGUAAAGACACUCCCGGCUUUGUGGUCAACCGUCUGCUUGGACCAUACAGUGCUGAAGCCAUCAGGCUCUAUGAGAGAGGUGAUGCCACUAAAGAAGACAUUGACAUCGGCAUGAAGUUAGGUGCGGGUUACCCUAUGGGUCCGUUCGAGUUGGCCGACUACACCGGGUUGGACACGAACAAGUUUGCUCUACAAGUGAUGUAUGAGAAAACAAAGAACCCUGUAUUUGAACCCAUAGCUCUGGUGGACAAAAUGGUGGCUGAGGGCAAACUGGGCAUUAAAAGUGGGGAGGGAUUCUACAAAUACAAUAAAUAA